AUGGCUACGCUUCUUCAUUCUUCCCUCACAAACCCAAAUAAACUCCUCUCAUAUUCUUCACUCUUCCACAAUGCAUCACUAUCCACUUCACCCUCUUCUCUCACAACCACCUCAGUUUCAAUUUACCCUAAAACGCAACGUUUUGGUCGUCGUUUUGGGCCCGUUAGAUGCUCUUUAGCUUAUGUGGAUAACGCUAAGAUUAAGGUCGUUGGAAUUGGGGGCGGUGGUAACAAUGCCGUUAACCGCAUGAUUGGUAGUGGUUUGCAGGGUGUAGAUUUCUAUGCGAUAAAUACCGAUGCUCAAGCGCUAUUGCAUUCUGCGGCCGAGAAUCCUAUUAAAAUUGGAGAGCUUCUGACUCGUGGAUUAGGUACUGGUGGGAAUCCGCUUUUGGGAGAACAAGCUGCGGAGGAAUCGAAAGAGGCGAUUGCUAAUGCCCUUAAAGGAUCGGAUUUAGUGUUUAUAACAGCUGGAAUGGGUGGGGGUACGGGGUCCGGUGCUGCCCCAGUUGUGGCUCAAAUAUCAAAAGAGGCAGGUUACUUGACUGUAGGUGUUGUUACAUAUCCUUUCAGUUUUGAAGGACGGAAAAGAUCUUUGCAGGCACUUGAAGCGAUUGAAAAACUUCAGAAAAAUGUUGAUACUCUUAUUGUGAUUCCAAAUGAUCGUCUACUUGACAUAGCUGAUGAGCAGAUGCCCCUUCAAGAUGCUUUUCGUCUUGCAGAUGAUGUUUUACGCCAAGGAGUUCAGGGAAUAUCAGACAUUAUAACAAUACCUGGACUUGUAAAUGUGGAUUUUGCUGAUGUAAAAGCCGUCAUGAAAGACUCUGGUACCGCAAUGCUCGGAGUAGGUGUUUCAUCCGGUAAAAACCGAGCUGAAGAAGCUGCAGAACAGGCUACUUUGGCUCCUUUAAUCGGAUCAUCUAUUCAAUCAGCCACGGGAGUAGUGUAUAAUAUUACUGGAGGAAAGGACAUUACCCUGCAGGAAGUCAACAGGGUAUCUCAGGUUGUGACUAGUUUGGCCGACCCUUCUGCCAACAUUAUAUUUGGAGCUGUUGUAGAUGAUCGUUACACCGGAGAGAUUCACGUGACUAUCAUCGCCACUGGCUUUUCGCAGUCUUUCCAAAAGAAGCUGCUAACAGAUCCAAGGGCUGCAAAGCUUCUUGACAAAGUGGCCGAGGGAAAAGAAAGCAAGACAGUGCCUCCUCCCCUCAAGUCCUCAAACUUAUCUUCCAAAGUUGAAUCUAGAGCACCACCCCCCCGGAAGCUCUUCUUUUAG